AGCGGUAGCCAAUCAGCGUCGAGUAGAAAGAUGGCGUCGGUGAGGCACGUAGGAGUCAGAGCUGAACGUCUUGCCGUCCGUAAACACCGACGGUACGGACACCGCGAGGACUGAUUAACCGGCGGGAGCUGACGUUUAUCACUAAGGGAACUAUUCUCCGGGUAUUGGAGCGUCUACUCCGCUUUCCCGCUGGCUGUUUUCAGAGUCGCCGCUGCCUCGGGGAAGCUCAUUAGCCUCAAGUUGGCUCCGCUAGCCCGUGCUAGCCGUGUAGCUUGAUCGUUCAUGAACCCACAGACAGCACAGUUAAUACUGUCGUCUUUCGCACUGUUAUAAUUUAUUUUCCACCUAUGAUCACGACCAAAUAUGCGGAAACUGUGUUAAAAACACUUGUAGCGGUGGAGGGUUAAAAAGGGACCAGUCUGGCAUUGCGACAUUGUUUGGCCAGUUGAGCCGGAGCCACUUGGCCAUCAUGUAUUUCCUAACCGGCUGGCCACGGAGGCUGCUUUGUCCCUUGCGGAAUGCGGAGGAGCCCUUCCACAUCCAGCCCAGCUCCCAGCGGUUCUACUUCGCCCUACUUUCCGAGACGCAGCUCAGCAUCUGGUUCAGUCGGCCCAGUGUUUUGAUUGUGAGCUACAUUGAGUCUGCCAAGGCAGUCGCACAGUUUGGCUUCUACCAGAAGGCGGAAUGGAAACCCGAUGACUCCAUGAUCGCCGUGGCGACUGCCAAAGGCUACAUUCUACUGUUCUCCGUGCUGGGCGGCGGGGAUGACAAGUACCUCUAUGAGCCGGUCUACCCAAAGGGGAGCCCUCGCGUGAAGGUAACCCCGGGUUAUAAGGAGGAGCAGUGUGCCCCCGCUUUGUCACUCGAGAUAAAGAAGCCUGUUGAUCUGGAGGCCCCCAUCACCAGUCUACAGUCCCUCCAAGAGGAGCUGCUGGUGUGCACCGCAGACGGCUACCUCCACGUGCUGCACUGGGACGGGCUCGGCGGAAAUGGCCGCAAGGCCAUCUGCCUCACCACCAUCCCCUUCUCUCUAGACCUCCAGUCUGCUCGAGGUGGACCAUCUCUGGACCUGGAAGGUGUUCAUAUCCGCUGCAUGGAGUACUGUGAGACCCUGGACGGCUUUGCUGCGGUACUGAGUGACGGACGUCUGGGAUUCAUCACACCCCUAAGCAGCACCAUCACUGCGGAUCAGCUGCAAGGCGUGUGGGCCGCAGAUGUGAGCGACGGCACCUGCGUGGCUGUCAACAACAAAUACAGAGUGAUGGCAUUUGGAUGUGCCAGCGGCUCAGUGCUGGUCUACAUGAUUGACACCGCAACAGGAUCUAUGCAGCUCUCCCACAAGCUGGAGCUCACCCCAAAACACUACCCAGACAUCUACAACAAGACGGGUCCAGUCAAGCUCAUCUGCUGGUCUCCUGACUAUAGUGUUGCCAUGGUUACGUGGGAGUGUGGCGGCCUGUCGCUGUGGAGCGUCUUCGGAGCUCAGCUCAUCUGCACUCUCGGAGAAGACUUUGCGUAUCGCUCUGAUGGCACCAAGAAGGAUCCCCUUAAAAUCAGCUCUAUGAGUUGGGGUGCAGAGGGCUACCACCUGUGGGUGCUGCCCACCAAAAGCGUAAAGAGGAAGCAACAGGAGCAGCAGCAGCAGCAGCAGCAGCAAGAGGAGGAGACUGUGUCACCCCCCCAAUUCCCCAUGCAGGCCGGGAUCCUGCAAUUUCACUUCAUCAAGAGCGCCCUCACCGUCAAUCCCUGCACGAGUAACCAGGAGCAGGUGUUGCUGCACGGCGAGGACCGCCUUUACUUGACCUGUGGCGACCCUGCACAGGCACACGGCAGCUCUGAGACCCAGCAGCAACAGCACACACGCUUGCACCCGCAUGACGGCAGCCCAUCGCACCACCACCAUCAUCAUCAUCACCACCACCACCACCCCAACUCUCCCCUUUCCCAGGGACUCAGCACUUUACUAGGCCACAAGCACUGGCAUGUGGUCCAGAUCCAUAGCACAUACCUAGAGAGCAACUGGCCUAUACGGUUUGCAGCCAUCGACACAACUGGGCAGUGCAUGGCCGUCGCAGGGCGACGAGGCUUUGCACACUACUCUUUGUUCACAAGGAAGUGGAAACUCUUUGGGAACAUUACUCAGGAGCAGAACAUGACUGUGACAGGCGGUCUGGCUUGGUGGAAUGACUUUGUGGUGGUGGCCUGUUAUAACUUCACAGACCAGCAAGAGCAGCUGAGGCUAUAUCAGCGCUCAUCCAACCUGGACAACGCUUUCGCCUCAGUCACCAAGCUGCACUCCGACACGCUACUCCUCAACGUUUUCCGAGACAUGGUCAUCCUGUUCAGAGCCGACUGCUCCAUCUGCCUCUAUAGCAUAGAGAGAAGGAACGAUGGUCCAAAACCGACUGUAAGUGUAGAGAUGCUGCAGGAAGUCUCCAUGUCCCGCUACAUCCCUCACCCUGGUUUGGUGGUCUCAGUAACCCUCACAUCAGUACGCACGGAGACCGGGAUCACGUUGAAAGCCCCGCAGCAGGCCUGCAUGGCGGAGAGCAUCAUGUUGAAUCUGGCUGGUCAGUUAAUAAUGCUACAGAGGGACCGUUCAGGACCGCAGGUACGAGAGAAGGAGACACCUGCCAACAACAAGAAGCUGCUACCAUUUUGCCCCCCAGUGGUCCUCGCUCAGUGUGUGGAGAACGUCUGGACCACCUGCCGCUCAGACAGAAAGAAGCGCCACCUCCUGGAGGCCCUGUGGCUCUCCUGCGGCGAAGCGGGCAUGAAGGUGUGGAUGCCGCUCUUCCCCCGUGACCACCGCAAGCCCCACUCCUUCCUAUCCCGACGCAUCAUGUUGCCCUUCCACAUCAACAUCUACCCUCUGGCCGUGCUGUUUGAGGAUGCCUUGGUGCUCGGCGCCACCAACGAGACAGUGUUGUAUGACGGGCUGCAGGGCUCCUCUGAGCCACUGGAGGCGCUGUUUCCUUUCUGCACUGUAGAGAGGACCUCACAGAUCUACCUCCAUCACAUCUUGAGGCAGCUGCUUGUUCGUAACCUGGGGGAACAGGCUUUGAUGCUGGCCCAGUCGUGCGCCUCCCUCCCUUACUUCCCUCACGUCAUGGAGCUCAUGGUCCACGUGGUCCUGGAGGAGGAGGCAACCUCUCGGGAGCCCAUCCCCGAUCCUCUGCUACCCACCGUAGCCAAGUUCAUCACAGAGUUCCCGCUCUUCCUCCAGACCAUUGUGCACUGCGCCCGCAAGACGGAGUACGCUCUGUGGAACUACCUGUUUGCCGCCGUGGGGAACCCCAAGGAUCUGUUCGAAGAGUGCCUCAUGGCUCAAGAUCUGGACACUGCGGCUUCCUACUUGAUCAUCCUGCAGAACAUGGAGGUUCCGGCCGUGAGCAGACAGCAUGCCACGCUGCUCUUCAACACGGCGCUUGAGCAGGGCAAGUGGGACCUCUGUCGUCACAUGAUCCGCUUCCUCAAGGCCAUUGGCUCAGGGGAGAUGGAGACUCCGCCCCCUACACCCACCACACAGGAGCCCAGCUCAACCAGCGGAUUUGAGUUCUUCCGGAAUCGCAGCAUCAGUUUGUCUCAGUCAGCAGAUUCCGUCACCGUGGGUAAAUUCAACCUACAGAAGACCUUCAGCAUGCCCACUGGACCUUCAAGUAAAGGGCGUGACGGCGAAUGUGCAGAGAACAUGUACAUCGACAUGAUGCUCUGGCGCCACGCACGCCACCUCCUGGAGCAGGUCCGCCUCCGAGACUUAGGAUGCUUCUCUGCACAACUGGGAUUCGAGCUUAUUAGUUGGUUGUGCCGCGAGAGGAACCGUGUAGCCCGUGUGGACGAUUACGUCCUGGCCCUGAAGAGACUCCACAAGGACUUCCUGUGGCCAUUCCCUGUUAUUCCCGUGGGGAACCUCAGCUCGCCGCUGAAGAACGGACGCUGCCCUCCUGUCCUGAGCACACGGCUUCUAAAAUCCCAGUCCGCUGACAGCCUGCUGAACAUGGACACGGCACCACCGCCAGUGGCUCCCACCAAUCGCACCUGGAUGGAUGGCCUCAGCCAGACGAGCAAAGACAUGGACGCCGCCUCGUCCGCUAACUCCACCCGACACUCCCCGCAAACGUACGACGCCUUCCUGUCGCUUCUCACCAACAAAGUGGAGGAGUACAGCAUCGGCUCAGCCACAGACUUAACAGAGAGCAGCUCGGUGGUGGACGGCGACUGGACGAUGGUGGACGAGAACACAUCCACGCUGAGUCUGAGCCAGGCCGAGCUGGAGCACAUCUCCAUGGAACUGGCCAACAAAGGGCCGCACAAGUCGCAGGUGCAGCUCAGGUACCUGCUGCACGUCUUUAUGGAGGCGGGCUGCCUGGAGUGGUGUAUUGUCAUCGGUUUGAUCCUACGAGAUGCAAACGUCAUCAAGCAGGUAGUUGGUCUCCUCGACAGCCCGGAAGUUCCUGCAGAAACCGCGCAGAGCAUACGAAGCGGCCUAUUGGCCGUCGACACAUGGGCCUCCACUGACUGCCUGGGCUACAAACCCUUCCUGAGCCUCAUCCAGCCGCAUCUACAGCAGCUGAUGAUGGCCGCCUCCAUGGCGUCCGAGCAGGUGCAGCCCGAAGCCUUCCAGCCUUCCGCCUGCCAGAGCUCUAAGCUCGGCGUCGUGGAGGGAGGCUCAGGGGGUGCCACUUUGGCUCGACCCGAGGACGGGAGGUGCGUCGCCGCUCCGCUGGGACUUCUGGCGCUCCCUUCUCUGGAGCCCACCGGCGGGUUUUCAAGGACAGCUCCCACAGAGGACUUCCGGGCCCCCAGUCAGACAGAGGAACGGGGGGAGGAAGAAGGGACCUAUGACUGCACCUUAUCUUGAACCACCCCGACGCCUGGAAGCCUUGACCGGAUGCUCACCUGGGAACCUGAAAAUACACUUUGUGUGUGUGUGUGUGUGUGUGUGUGUGUGUGUGUCCACCUUGGUAUUUUGGAGUUGACAUUUCGACGUGACCUCAUAAGGAAAAUGCUGGGUGUGUUUGUGUGCUUGAUGUUCCAACUUUUGUAGACAUUUUGAGUAGUGCACACAAGGAAAAUGCUACGUCUUUGUGAGGCAACUUUUGAUGUCCCACCUUUUGUGAGGCCAUUUUUCUUUGUGUAGACAUUUUUUGCAUGGACAUUUUGACUGUUCCACACAAGAAAAUGCUACAACUGUGUGUGUGCACGCACGUGUGGGUAUUCUUCUAUUUGGCAACUUUUGACAUCUAGCCGUUUUGGGUUGUCCACUCAAACGAAAAGUGUGUGUGUGCACAUACGCUUGUCUUUGGCGUCCAAAAUAUGUGAGGUCAUAUUUUUGUGAGGACCUUUUUAGGGUUGGGGACAAUUUUUGUAUUGGCUUGUCCAGACAUGGAAAAUUCAGUGUGUGUGUGUGUGUGUGUGUGUGUGUGUGUGUGUGUGUGUGUGUGUGCGGAGGUUCUU